GCAGCCCUGGAGGAGGAAGCCACCCCUCCCUCCACAGCCAAUCCUUGCCUUGCCUCCCUCUUCGGCUAAAGGGGGCAGUCAGUCAGGGGCUUCCCUUUGCCUUUUAAUAUCAUUAUUGGCAUUACUGCCCCCCAUGUCCUCCUCCUCCUCCUCCUCCCUUUGUUUCCUCCUUUCUGCCUCCUCAAGCCAAGACAAGGGGGGCAGCCAUCGCCUCAACCCUCUCUUUCGCUUGCUUUUUCCACAGCAGUGAUGGCACUAACAGAACAGGAAGAAUAUACCUAUCUAUAUAAAGACCUCUCUCAUCCCGUGGAAUUCUUGGAUGCCUUCAGAAUAUUCUACCUGGAAGAAUUAUUCACAGAUGUUACUCUUCAGUGCGCAUCUGGUGUGGUUUUCCAUUGCCAUAAAGCUGUGCUAGCUGCUUGCAGCAACUAUUUCAAGGCCAUGUUCACUUCUGACAUGAAAGAAAAAUCAAAGAACCAGAUCACUCUUUCUGGCCUCAGUCCCCCAGUAUUGGAAUCCCUGGUGAUUUAUGCAUACACAUCAGAGAUCGAAAUAACAAAGAGCAAUGUCCAAAGCCUCCUUCAAGCUGCAGACCUCCUUCAGUUUAUCUCAGUAAAAAAAGCAUGUGAACAGUUUCUGAUAAGGCACUUGGAUAUUGACAACUGCCUAGGGAUGCACUCCUUUGCAGAAUACCAUGUCUGUUCAGAGCUAGAAAAGGAAUCUAGAAGGAUAUUGUUAUCCAGGUUUGAAGAAGUGUGGCAGCAAGAAGAAUUUUUGGAAAUUAGCAGUGAGAAACUCCAGUUUAUUCUCUCAAGAAAGAAUCUCAGCCUUUGGAAAGAAGAGGUUGCAGUAGAGCCCAUUAUUAAAUGGAUUACCUAUGAUCUGGAGGAAAGAACAGAGCACAUUUAUGGGCUAUUGAACUGCAUUGAAGCAGAUUUUGAUGAAAUGUAUUUGAGAUCUGCUUUAAGCUUGUAUAAGAAAUGCCGAUUAAAUGCAAAUAAGAUCAGGUCUCUGAUACACCAUGCCCUAAAUCCAAACCCAAAAGCAGGUUCUACGAGGUCUACAGCAGUCAUGUAUGUGAUAGGGGGUUAUUACUGGCAUCCUUUAUCUGAAGUGCAUGCAUGGGAUCCAUUAACCAAUGCUUGGAUCCAGGGAACAGACAUGCCAGACCAUGCAAGGGAAAGCUAUGCGGUCACUAGUCUAGGACCCAACAUUUAUGUCACAGGGGGCUAUAGAACAGACAAUAUAGAAGCUCUUGAUGUCAUGUGGAUAUACAAUAGUGAAGCUGAUGAAUGGACUGAAGGCUGCCCCAUGCUGAAUGCAAGGUACUACCACUGUGCAGUGACCCUGGGUGGCUGCAUCUAUGCUUUAGGAGGUUAUAGAAAAGGGGCCCCAACUGAAGAAGCUGAAUUCUAUGACCCUUUAAAAAAGAGUUGGGUCUCUAUUGCAGAUAUGAUUAAAGGGGUUGGAAAUGCCACAGCAUGUGUCUUGAAUGAAGUAAUCUAUGUCACUGGAGGUCACUAUGGUUAUCGGGGAAGCUGCACAUAUGACAAAAUUCAGAGCUAUCGUUCUGAAAGCAAUCAGUGGAGCAUAAUCACCACCAGUCCAUAUCCAGAAUAUGGAUUGUGUUCAAUUGCAUUGGAGAGCAAGCUGUACCUUGUGGGUGGACAAACUACAAUCACAGAUUGCUAUGAUCCAGAGCAAAAUGAGUGGAAACAGAAGGCUGAUAUGAUAGAAAGGAGGAUGGAGUGUGGUGCAGUCGUCAUUAAUGGAUCCAUCUAUGUAACAGGAGGCUAUUCUUCUUCCAAGGGAUCCUAUUUACAGAAUAUUGAGAAAUAUAAUCCGGAAUGUAAUAAAUGGGAAGUUGUGGGCAGUCUCCCCAGUGCUAUGCGUUCACAUGGUUGUGUCUGUGUUUACAAUGUGUAAGCAGACAAAAAUGACACUUCUCUGUCAAGAAGAAAAUCUAUGACAGCUUAGAAUGGGAGGAAGAUGACCAAUAACCUGUAUGGGACUUGGUUUAUGGAAGAAACAUGACCUCAAGGUGAUGAGGUAACACUGUUGAAAAAGGCUUUUAUUGGCUGAGUAACUUGUGAUCUACCUAAAAUUCUGCUAAUAUAAGGAUUGUCACUUUUUGGAGGACAGGAGAGAGUUGUUAUUUCUGCUGUCUCACUUUAUGAGGGUCCUGUAUGUUCUGAUUAUUACUAGAGACUAAUCCAAAGAACUGUGGGGCUCUAACAAAGGGCAAACAACCAUUGCUCCUAAAAUAAUUUUUCUUUAAUAUCCUGAAUAAGCUCCUGAUUAAGAGUCAGGAAGCUUUGAAAGGCUGGUCACUACUAGGUGAGAGGAUUGCAGUGGUUGUCACAAACUCAUUGUGCUGCAGCUAUUUUUAUCAAACCAGCAUGACUACCUUCAAUUUUUGUCUAAUAAAGACAAUACACGUGUACCAGUUUUUCCAAUGCAUACAUUUUAUAUUAUAGUGUAAUUUUUAUAUUAUACUGUGUAUCAGUGUUCCCCAAACUUUUUUGGGCUAUAGCAAUAGCAAGUACAUUUCUGUGUGGCUGUGAAUUGGCUGCAGUACAGGCAUUUAACCACUGCGCCACUGAGCUUCCCUAUUGUCCCCUUUCCUCUGGAGCAACAACCCUAACACUCUCCCCCUAUGCAUAUUUCUUGAUGUUAGGUCUGCUGUUCUACUGCAAAUUCAAAACAAUCCCCAAUAUCUAUUACUGCUCCUUUUGCAUCCAGUCAUUUUGGGAGCAACAACCAAGCAUCUGGCUGAGCAGUGAUUGAGAAGCCUCUCAGCCCUGCUGUCCUUGGGGCAGGUGAGAAGCUUCUCAGGUGCAGCUCAGCCAACUGCUCAAUCACUACUCUCCUUGUACCCAGUCACUCUGGGAGCAGCAAUUGAGAAGCAACCCUCAUCUCCACCAUGAUCCUAAAGGCUGUGGUUCUCUUUGUCUUUCUUGUGUACCAAUACUUUAACUGAAGGUCCCCCUCUACCCCCCCCUUUUCUCAUCCCCCCCCCCCCCUUCCUUCGCAUAGCCCCUCCUGUACCUUUCCACUACCCAGAGGGCAUAAGACCCACUUUGGUAAUAACUAUAUAUAUUAUGAGUGUCAGCGAACAGCACAUAGGAGGUUAGGUAGUGGCACUUCCUUGUUUCUAAUUGGGCAGAAGACCCUCAUUUGUGUAUUUUAUGAAACUGCUCAACUGAUGCACUGUAACCUUUUUUUGAUAGAAUUUUAAAACAGAAAAGGAUUAUUUUUUUCAUAUUUGUAAAUUAUUUUGCAGAUCAUCCUUAUGUUUCAGACUGCCAGCAAUAACUUAUUUAUUUAUUUAAUUUAAAAACUGAACUGUGAUGUAGGCCAUUGAAGAUAACUCAGUGCGUAUGUUGUGUUGUAAUCUCUUCUAUCCAUGGUACAAUACCACUGAAAUUAAUUUAUCAUAAUUGGACACAUAAAAUAAGUAACUU